AUGGCAGCGUUUAGCUUGUCUGUGUUGAUUCUCUAUGAAGUUCAGGUCAGAUGUAUGGAUGAUAAAACCACACCACCUCCAUCACCCUCUAAAGUUUCCCAGCUCCACUUUGACUACGGCUGCAUGGAAAACUUCUUUAAAAGGUUGCCCCCUGAGAUCAUUCUGAAGAUUUUCUCCUAUUUGGACGCGCCGUCUCUUUUCUGUGUUGGCUUUGUUAACCGACAGUUUCAUGAGCUGGCGAAUGACAAUGUGAUGUGGUACGAGUUAUACACCUGUGAAAUGGGCAAGAGGAAGUGGAGAUCGGGGCUGUGUGACAGGCCAGACUCAAACAGAGUUGAUCUGCAGGAUGUACCGGCGAGGGUAUGGAAAAAGCUGCUUCUCAGUGAAAUGCGUUGCCAUGAUCACAUGGUUUGGAAGAAGGAGCUGAGAUACGUGAACCUGCAUACGGGCAUGCCAGAGCUAACGGAGCAGGUCCUCAGGAGUCAACAGGUUGUCUGGGAGCUCACACUCUGCAAGCUUGGAGGAAAGCAGAUCGUGUACAGCCAGUCUCAGGCCAUUUUCUUCGACUCGUCAGUCGCCGUGUACUGGAGCUCCGGCAAGUGGCCGCGAAUUCAGCAAGUUUAUAGCCUGCAGGUUCAUGGGGUCUUGGGUUCCUCUACUACCAUGCCAGCCAAGCCGCAGUGGCGCUCUCUGAUCAGUAAAACAGUGAGCAAGGAGAUGAAGUGGAAGCAUAUCGGGGUGGACAGCUUGGGAACGUGGGAAAUCGCCUUCGUCAUGGCCACGUUACACCACCACAAACUGGUGGAGAGAAGUGUUCUCGGAUCACUUUUCUGUACCUACAGAGCAGAAGAUAUCAGCCCCUUGCACACCUGCCUUCCUGAAGACUUCUGCGUUGAUGGUUACACGGUGAUCAUGCUCCUUCACAACUCCAGUGGAAACAUAGUGAAGUGCCGUUACUCACCGGUGUUCUGCGCCAAAGACAAGAUCCAUAGUGGAUUUGUGUACCUCCAGCCUGUCAAAAUCAGCAUUUCUCAGAAACACACUCUGAUCCCCGAUGAGAUCAGUUUCUCCUGGAAAAUCAACAAGCUGUGGGGAGACAUCAAGAACUGCUGCAUGAUGACCGUGUCGGUGCUGGAUGAGGCUCGGAAGCCGGUGUGGUGCAUCAGCACAUCCGCUGCCAUCGUCCCCCACCGAUUCAAUGCGAUGUGUGACAACUAUGAAGGCGAGCAGUUCGUGCUGUGGUGCGAGGACGCCCACGGGAAGCUGAAAAUGAUCCUGGUGUGGAUGCAGGACCUACAUGUGUACUGCAUUAUCAGCCUCCACAUCUGGAUCCGCGAGGAGAAUGUAAACACAAAAUAAAAAUUGCUUCUAAAAUAAAAAGUUCUGACAUAAGUGCUGGUUUAUAUACAAACGUUCAGCAGUUUGAAGAACUGAUCUGAUUUAGGUUAUUUUUUUAUGUUGUUGUUUUAUAAUUAUAGUUAUAGCUGGUUUGUCUUUGUUUGUUUGUUGCAUAGUUAAAAUGCUAAAGUUUGAUUUCAGAUCAAUGUUGCUGAUAUGCUGAUGUUAAAGUUUCAGUUCAGCAUUUUCUUUCAGUCUCUUAGCUCUUGGUAGGUUUUUCUCGAAUUUACAAAGUGAGUAAAGUGAGACUGUGAACACGUCGUGGUCUGUUUGGUCUGUUUAUUAUUGUUUGGAUUAUUGAAAAUCCCAAGGAAGCCACCAGGUGACCAUUUGACAUUAUAAAUCCAUCUCUGUUUAUGAGAGAAUUUAUAUACACCUUGAUAAACACACUCAUUGCUUCUGAAUAAUGUUUGAGAAUUUCUCCCGAACUUGGUGAAACAUAAAAUUGUAUAGAGUGUAUUCAGCUUGCCCUUGGUUCACUUUCAAGUGGUCUAAACGUUUAGUGCAAUAGAAACACACAUUAUAAUCCAUCCAUCCAUCUAGGAACCUCUGCUAGGGACCAUGGA